AUGUUUUUAAAUGUCAAGGAACCAUCUGGCAUUUCAGUGCAAGAUGGCAAGCGACCAGACGGUUGUACUCUUACUCCCUGGAGAGCUGGUAAAUGUUUGGCUUGGGAUGUUACGGUUCCUGGUACCUUGGCCGAGCGCUACGUUCACCUUACCAGCAAAGAAUGUGGUUUGGCUGCAAUCAGGGCAUCGGACGAAAAAAUCAAAAAAUAUGAACACGCCCUGCCUUCCUUAGACUUUUUGCCAAUAUAUAUCGAGGUCCUUGGACCCAUGGACCCCAAUACUUUAAAAUUUAUUAAAACAUUGUGUAAAAUGAUUGGUGUUCGUGGAUAUUUUAAGUCAAUGUUCCUGACUGACAUGUCUGAAUCUAGAAAUGGUGUUGUUAAGUUGGAGGAUAUAGAUCCGGAUGCAACUUUAAGUCUUGUGCAAUAUGCUUAUACUUCACAGUUACUCAUCACAGUUGAGAAUGUUCAGCCACUUCUGUUUGCCAGUUCUAUAUUACAGAUUGAUUCUGUGUCAAGAACGUGUUGUGAGUUCAUGGCAUCUCACUUGGAUGAGACCAAUUGCUUAGAAGUUUUAUCUUUCGCUAAUCACCUUGGUCACAAACUUCUUGUUAAUAAAGCUCAAAUCUUUAUAAUCAGGAAUUUCAGGGAGAUUUCUCAGAUACCCGAACUUUUAAAGUUGUCUUAUAAAUUAUUUCUGCCGAUAAUAUGCGCUGAUGAUUUGUGUGUGGACAGAGAAGAGGACGUUUACGACGUUGUCAUCAAAUGGAUUAAGUAUGACGUUGUUAACAACAUUAAAUACAUUGUACCAUUAUUGAAAAAUAUCCGUUUUACAUAUUUCUUGCCGUCGACUCUGGUUGAUAUCGUCAGCACUGAAGAAUUGAUUAGAACGAAUUUGGAUUGUAGAGACUUGGUCGACGAUGCAAAAGAUUACUGCCUGUUCAAGGCUAAUGUUAUCUAUGGUUAUAAAGGUGUUAAAAAACAUAGGCCAAGAAAGAUUUAUUCGGGUGUUAUGUUUUGUGUUGGUGGUCGUGGAUUUGAUGGCAACCCGUUCAAAUCUAUCGAAUGCUACGAUGUCUACAACGACAGAACCAUUAUCCUUUUAAUGAAACUUAAAGUUGUAAAAUAUUUCUUCCGCAAUAUAUUUGAAAAAAAACAUCAAAGUAAAUUGUUUGCUGCCGGAGGGCACGAUGGCGUGACUCACUUGAAAUCAGGCGAGAUGUUCGAUCCACAAACUAAUACCUGGACUCCUAUUGCGGACAUGUCAAAGUUGCGGAGAGGAAUAGCCUUAGCCUAUUUAAAUGGAUCUAUAUAUGCAGUUGGAGGAUUGGACGAUCAUUCAUGCUUCCCGACCGUCGAACGCUACGAUAUUGCCUCAGACACAUGGUUCGAAGUAAAAAAAAUGAACUACUCUAGAGGAGGCGUAGCGCUUGUAUCAUACCAAAGCAGUUUGUAUGCUGUUGGAGGCAACGAUGGCUCUUUGUCUUUAGAAUCUUGCGAAUCUUAUGAUUCUAGCGCUAACAAUUGGGUGGUUAUAGAACCAAUGAACAAACGAAGAGCUGGUGCUGGAGCUACAGAAUUAGAUGGAUACAUCUAUGUCGCAGGUGGUUUCGAUGAUAAUGCACCGUUAGAUAGUGUUGAACGGUACAAUGUUGCCGACAACCAAUGGACUAUUAUUACUCCAAUGUCGCGCCCUAGAGGAGGGGUUGGCAUUUCAUCUUUGGCUGGAAAAAUAUUUGCCGUUGGAGGGCAUGAUGGUCAUAAAUAUCUCGAUUCGGUUGAGGAGUACGAUCCAGAAAAAUCCGAGUGGAGCCAGGUAGCGAAGAUAGGGACAUGUCGGGCAGGGGCUGGCGUCGUCACUGUCCUAUGCUCGCUAUCCAGUCUUGUUGAUAUUACUAAUUCAAUAUCAACUUCUCCGGGGGAUAUAAUUUAACAUUCUGCCAUUUAUUUUAACAUUGGAUAGUUUCUAUUGGUGUAAAUAUUUGAAAUGUAACUACUAAUUUUCCUAAAUAAAAUUUAUUUAAAAUAAUGAAAGAGUCAAGUUUACAUGCAUCCCAGCUUUGAUUGUCUCUGUUUUAUUUAUUUCGGUUUUACAUAUUUUGCUUUUUAUAAUAAUGUUAUCAAGUGAAGUGCGCCAUGUAUAUGCUUUGAGGAUGCCCGGUUGACGACGCAUCGGUAUGGCGUCCAAAGACUUGUUCGAAUAAUUACAAAGUUGGUUGUGACAAAUUUUGAUUGGUUUUUCAUUUUUUAGAUUGUUUAACUGUAAUAUCAACUCGAACUGUAUGUAACAGGUGGUGAUAUUGAUCUGGGACAUUGUCUAUGGAAACCUUACAAAACUGAAAAAAACAAAUAUUUAAACAAAAGGAUUUUUUGUCGGUUGGAAAAUAAAAAAUUAACUAU